UUACUAUAUAAUUAUGACAUUCAUAUUUUCUCCAUUAUAAAAUGUUAUUUAUCAAUUCAAUUUUACUUUAAAAUAAAGUUCCUUAUCUAAACUAAAUUCAAGAUUAAAUAGACACCUUUAUAAAUCUUCCUAGCAUCACAAGUCAAUAGUUUUACACAAUUUUAAAUCACAAAAAAAUAGUAUAAAGAGCCUGAAAUGAGCCAUACAUUUCGAGUUUGUCUUGGCUUCUCCAUGAUAAUGAACUUGCCCAUCGGUCUGUGCCCCAGACUGUGGGAGACAACGGCUCUGAGUGUGUUCAAUAGGAGUAAGGAUACUACUCCUUCCUGCUGCUCCUCGGACUGGCUGAUACAGCUGCAGCAGUCCUGGUGUCCGCUACUUAGGUUAUUAAUUCUGGGAAUAAUAGCACUUCCUAUAUACAAUGUGGUCCUCAUCCUGGUAGGCUGGCGUUUCAAUGGGAGCACCAGGAGCACUGCGGAGCUCUUGGUGGGGCAUCCAGUGCGGCAGCCGCCUCCAGUUCCUCCAAAGCCUCCACCACGCAUAAGGCGACGUCCAUCUUUAACUCCUCCUAAGAGAUCGAGCAGCCCUGAAGUCGUACCCAAUUCCACUGACAUGAAUCCCUUUGCCGACCAGGAAGCAUACCAGAUCCUAAGACGGAAUCUUCAGUUAGUUCUAAGGGGCCUGCAGAAUCCGCCUUUAGAAGUGGAAACUCCUAGAAUACCGGAACCUAUCAUGAAGCCUACCGAAAUACCUUCCGGAUUGCCUUCCGGGAUACCUUCCGGGAUGCCUUCCGGGAUACCUUCCAAAGUUCCUUCCAGAAUACCUCCCGGAAUACCUUCCGAGCAGCUACCUUCUAGGAUUCCUUCCGGAUUACCUUCCUGGUUGCCUUCCGAAAUACCUGCGGAUAUACCUUUCGAAAUACCUUCCGAGAUACCUUCGGAUGCGACCUCCUUGUGCCCCUUUGAAUCCCCAAAAAGUGAGGCCCAAAAGAAACGCUCGAAGGUCAUCUUCAAGCGUCUCUGGCAGAGAUGGAGAAGCCGAAACAAACUAAAGAAGUCCAAGAAAUCACUGGUCAGCGCUUCCUCUUCCAGCUGCUGCAGCACCAAUGGCUCCAGUUGCUUUUAUGUUUAUUUAGAGGAAACCUAACCAAGUUCGAAGGCUGCACACAGCCAUGUAGAUUUAUUGAGAAAUCCUAUGCGAAUAUAUGUUAUAUUUUUUUUAA